GCAGGUCACUCAAACAGUGGCCAUCGUAGGCCUGUUCCUGCUAACUUUUUCCCAAUCUGCAAAAUUGAAUAACCACUCAGAAGAAUCGAAAGAGAUUGGACGGAUUGAAAGUAACAUCGAAGCGUCAAUGGGAAAUAUGGCAAAACAUUUUGAAGAGGGCAACGGCAUUGAUGGAAAGCAAUCCAGAGUUAUCUCUAAGGCAUUCUUUAACGAUGACAGCCCUUUUGUUAAUAUACCUUUGCAUUUUACUCUUAAUUUCCGAACACAUCCAGGGAAAGUCGAGUUCAGAGGAAAACAAGAGUUUCAACAUCAAAACCGGCGGCAAUGCCCACGUUAGAUUUUCAUACGAACUACCUAAAGGAAGAAGACACUCAACUUCUACUGGCAAGAAAAAAAAGGAUGCCGAAUAUUUCCUAAAUUUUGUAUUUAACAACAACCGAAAUCCCAAAAAGUCUCUGGACCGGAGAACCCUCUCGAAAAAAGUGAAAAUGCGCCGAACUCUCAGCCGAUUUUUGCCCAAUGGAAUGCGCAAUCCUUAUAAGUACUUUCCGCUCAAAGGCGAAGAUAUGUAGACAUAAAACCUACUAUCUGUUGAUUUGUUUAUUUACACAAUGAAACCAAAAUGUUUACUUACUGAUAAUAAAAAUAACUUCUUACUGCUUAUUCAUUC